CCUGUCGGGGAGGGCGGGGGUUGGGAGGGACGAGCCGGGUGAAGGAAGACCUGUAAUUCCGCUCUGGCCUCCGGAAUCCCCGGCAGGGUCAUACGGGGAAGAUUGGGGGUCGUGAUGACCCGCUGUGGCCCCCUGGGGGCUCUACGCCUCACCUAACCCCCGGGAUCAAGCGCGGAAAGAAUGUCGGAGCGGCCCGAGGAUGACGUCAGAGCGGAGCAGCGCAGAGCGGGGGCCCGGCGGCGGCAGCAACAGCAGCAGCAGCAGGGGGACAACGCGAUGGCGGCCCAGCCCAGUCCCGGAGCCAUGCUGGGGCAGCCGUGGAUCACCUGGCUGGAGGCGUCCAGACUACACGGGGGUGACGAAAUGGAUGAAACGUUAAAGGAGAUUGAUAAGAAACGAGAAGCCAUGAGACUCAGCAAGGAGGAUAUGCCGAUAUUUGGACUGUGCCCGGCCUACGAUGAGUUUUAUCUAGUUGUGUGUAGCCAAUGUAAUCAGGUCAUAAAGCCGCAAGCAUUUCAAUCACAUUAUGAAAGAAGACAUGGUUCCUCCAGCAAGGCCCCUCUGACACCUCCAUCAUCAUCAUCUGUGUAUUCCCACUUCUCCACCACGCCUUCAACUAAAAACAAAGUGGCCGGCAGCAGCACGCGGACAUCCAGCAGUGCUAGUGGUAGUGCCUCCUCCAACUCCAAGCUGAUAAAAUCUCCCAAAGAAAAGCUACAGAUAGGCGGCAACAACAGGUCGAUGCAUCCGACGCAACACUGCAAAGCAACACAAGACAAGAUAAUGACCCCAUCUGUUAAAGUGGAGAAAAUGCAUACAACCCAAAAAACGGAUGGUGCGUUGCAAAAAUCGGCUGCUGGGUCUACCUAUUCCUCUUCUGUCAGCUCCUCAGUAAAGACUGGCCUUAACUGGCAAUCAAUACCAAAGCCACCUUUGCCUUCCCCUGGACAGAUACCAAAUGGUAAAGGAAUUCUCUCGACUCCUCCGAAUGUGGAAAAGAAAGCUGAAGAUUCAAACUGUAGGAAAUAUUUACACAAGAGAUUGUCAGAUCGAGAGUUUGACCCCGAUAUACACUGUGGAGUUGUCGAUGUUGAGACAAAGAAGCCCUGCACUAGAUCUCUGACAUGCAAGGCACAUUCCUUAGGCUACCGGAGAGCAGUACAAGGGCGCAAGAAAGGUUUUGACGCGUUAUUAGCUGAGCACAAAAAUAAAACCAGGGAAAAAGAACUGCUUCGUCACGCUGAGCAACAGCAGCAGCAGCAGCAGACGUCUGCGCUCAGGGAACCGCAUCCCUCACCUUCAAAAUCUUCCCAGGAACCGCACCAAAACUCUCAUGGAUUCUCUGGUACUGAAGUGAAGCCUUCAGUACCCAGCAAGGCCAAGCCUCACAACCCCAGUCUUCCAAGGCCGUCAAGUUACCCAGCGCAGCACAGCGGUAAUGCUCCCAACGGCUCACCAUCGGUGCACGAGUCUCAACCGGUCGUACCUGCAGCUGAGCCGACCUCCCGCUUGUCUAGCGAUGAGGGGGAAGGGGACGAAAAGGAGGAACCCGCUGAAAAACUGGACUGUCAUUACUCAGACCACCACCCUCGGCCUGCAGCUUUUUGCUCGUUUGGUAGCAGACAGAUUGGGAGGGGGUAUUACGUUUUCGACAAGCGGUGGGACCACAUCCGAUGUGCACUUAACUUCAUGGUGGACAAACAUCUAAACUCCCAGAUGUGGAGGAAAAUUCCUCCGGCCUCUAGCAGUUCAUCCAUGCACGCUCCACACCGGACCAGCACAAACUCGGUGCCUGUGUCACAGAGUAUGAACAACACUGGUUUCCUCCCGCCCAGCACAGUUACCUCUCCCCAGGCCCCCGUCUCUUCCCCCAGUACAUCUGCGGACAAAGUCCUUCCCCAAGGAACUACACUAAACAUUCACACUGCAACCGAAGCCACCAGUAGUAUGCAAGCCAGACAAGUGUCUUCUUCUUCUUCAGCAUCCACACCGUCAGUGCUUUCCUCAUCGCCUAGCCCAGUCUCCAGCAAACCUCAAAAGUUAAAAUCCAAUAAGGCUGUGAAACCUAAGGAAUCCCCCGCCAGCAGCACGAACUGCAGUAGUACCACCAACAGCAGCAGCAGCGGCUCAGGAAAGAAAAAGAAAACCAACUCCCCACCCCAGCUGCUAGCGCCUCCCCCUUCUCAUUCCACUGAGUCCUUUCGGAAAAACUGUGUAGCGAACUCUGGCACAUACCACUCCCCCGGCACGACCUUGUCCCAGCACGGCAGCCCGCACAGCGUCGGCCUCAACUUUGUGAACAAUCGAUCUGUGAGUCUUAAGCACGACCAAUCAGGGAGGGGUCCCCCGAGCGGGAACCCUGCGGAAUCGAUAAAGCGCAUGAGCGUGGUCAUGAACAGCAGUGACUCCACGCUCUCGCUGGGGCCCUUCGUUCACCAGGCCGGCGGCGACCAAGCUGUGAACUCUCACAACGCGUUCCCGCAUUCCCGCGUUACCCUGGACAAGCUGGCGGGGAAAAAGCGCAAGUGCACCGCGGGGCCCAGCAGCAUCACCAACAAUAACAACAGCAGCAAGUCCAGUAAGGUUGCCAAACUGCCGCCAGUCAACAACAUACACUCAAAACACAAUAGCGGGAUUUCAGGAACGCCGACGCUGGCCAAUAAUUCACUGCGGCAUCAGCCAAAGGCUCGUCCCUGACAGUUAAUUGUUACACGAACUGGACAAGUGUGGUAACAAUCAGCAACCUCCAGCUGGCUGUGUUGGGCUCCAAGAUGCCUUUGAGUUUUCUCAAACUCUCUGCGGUCCUCAGGUGUAGAGCGAUUCUGGAUGCAUCGGCCAGACCAGGAUUGAUUUCUGCCCAACCCUCUCUUGAAGCCAUGUGUGUAGCAGUCAGUCCCGCGGCCGCUUCUAUCAGUGUUAGUGGACUGAGCCCCUCGCUACAAACCUGUACGAUUUCAAGUUGCGUCAAGCGCCACCUUUUGUCCUCCAGCCCGGGCAAAAGCGAAAGAGAGAACGGCCCAGUUUACUGUAACUUUCAGACGCCGAACAACGUCCAUCGGAGAAGACGCGACGACCUUAAGAAGAGGAAUACGGCUUUACCCAAUAACGGCAAUGAUCCCGUGAUUAACUACUAAAAACAAAAAAUAGCACAACUACAAACAAAAAGAAUAAGAAAAAGUUUCAUGAAUGAGACUGUUGAAUGGGCUGGACAGCCUUUUUUUUCCCCCCAGGUUAUACUUGCUAAGAAGCUGUGAGGAGUUUUAAUGUCAAUAAUUUUGUCAGAAGCAUUGUCAGGUUUUAGUAAAACAGAAACAUUUUUAUGUUUUCAGCUUACGCUUAACUUACUGUGAUUGUAUCGGUAACAUUUUCAGACUAAAAACCAAAUGAAGAGGCAGACUAAUCUAGUUAACUCUCCCAAAGAUUACCAUGUGGUAGGAGGUGAUUGAUCAAGUGCACCAUGUU